AUGGCAUCCCAAUCUAUGAAAGCAUUGAACUACGUGGGACCAUUCACGGUCCAGGUGCAGGAGGUGGAGCGGCCCAAGCUGGAGCACCCUGAUGACAUUAUCGUCAAGGUUACCAGUGCAGCCAUCUGUGGUUCGGAUCUGCACAUGUAUGAAGGGAGAACAGCGGCGGAGCCCGGUAUCACCUUUGGACACGAGAACCUCGGUCUGGUGGAAGAACUCGGGGAGGGAGUCACCCUGCUGAAGAAAGGCGACCGCGUGGUCAUGCCGUUCAACGUUGCGGACGGUCGUUGCCGGAAUUGUGAGGAAGGAAAGACUGCAUUUUGCACGGGCGUAAACCCCGGCUUUGCUGGCGGCGCAUACGGUUCGUCUCCUCGGAAAAUGAUAGCGGUCCGUGUCUUCUCGUUGACAUUGAUUCCCACAGGAUACGUGGCUAUGGGGCCCUACCGCGGAGGUCAAGCACAGUACCUGCGCGUCCCCUAUGCCGAUUUCAAUGCUCUAAAGCUUCCACCGGGAACCGAGCACGAAGCGGACUUUAUUCUGCUGGCAGAUAUUUUCCCCACAGGGUGGCACGGCAUUGAGAUAUCAGGCUUUCAGCCAGGUGACAGCGUAGCAGUCUUCGGGGCCGGCCCCGUUGGUCUCAUGGCAGCCUAUUCUGCCCAGCUGCGCGGCGCCUCUCGCGUGUACGUGGUAGAUCGGGUCCCCGAACGAUUGAGGGCUGCGGAACGGAUCGGUGCCACCCCCAUUGAUUUCACGGCGGGCGAUGCCGUCGAUCAGAUCAUCGCACUGAACGGGGACAUGGUGGAUCGGUCCGUGGAUGCUGUCGGAUACCAGGCGGUCGGCAAAGAUAACUCGACCGAACAACCGAAUAUUGUGCUAGAGAACAUGAUUCGUGUGACUCGUGCGUGUGGUGGACUGGGUAUCCCCGGACUCUACGUCCCUAGUGACCCCGGUGCGGGCGAUGCGUCGGCCGCGAAAGGAAUGAUUAGCCUCAGCUUUGGAAAGCUCUUUGAGAAGGGACUCUCCCUUGGCACAGGCCAGUGUAACGUCAAGGCCUACAAUCGGCAGCUGCGAGACCUGAUCAUUGCCGGAAAGGCACGACCCAGCUUCGUCGUGUCUCAUGAGAUUGGCAUUGAUGAGGCCGAAACGGCAUAUGAAAAGUUCGACAAGCGGGUGGAGGGCUAUACCAAGGUCAUCAUUCACCCCAAUGGCGGGUUUCCCAGCAAGCGGCCACCGGCGGGUUCCUCGCUGUAG